CGUCUGCCGCGGUGGAGAGGUUGCUCCUGGUCCUGCUGUGUCAGAGCUUCGGGACUCCCGACCAACCAGUUUUGAAGUUUGAAACACCAAGCCUUUAAACAAUAAGGAAUGCAGCUUGAGCCAGGCACAGUGGCUCACAUCUGUAAUCCCAGCUGUUUAGGAGGCAGAAAUCAAGAGGAUCACAAUUUGAUGCUAGCCUGGGCAAAAAGCUCCUGUCAUCCUAGCUGCAAAGAAGUGUAAGUUGGAGGAUGCUUCUCUUAGUGCACCUGGACAAAAAAAGUGAGGUCCUACCUAAAAAAUAACUUUCCUUUGGGCUGUCAUCCAUCCUUUGCAUGCGUGAAAGAAGCAGUCUGCUGUGAUGAACACCACUUGGGCUGCAGAGGACCUUCUGGCUUUGAGCCAGCAGGAAGCAUUAGAGUAUUUGCCAAACAACUACCUUGUAAGUGCCAGUGAAGAUGAAUGGGACAGUGAUGGAGAAAGAAAGCAUCAAAAAUUUCUGGACACAAUCACUUCCCUUAUUGGAACUAGUAGGUGGAAAUUGACUGAGAGAUCUGAAACUAGUCUGAACGUGUCUGAAUUCAAUGUCAGUUCUGAAGGAUCAGGAGAAAAGCUGGUCCUUUCAGACCUGCUUGGGCCUGCAAAAACUUCCUCCUCACUGGAUGCUGUGAAAAAGCAACUAUAUAGAGUUAAGUCAAAGAAGACUCUGGAAUUACCCCUUAACAAAAAAGAGGUUAAACGGAUCCAUAGAGAAGUAGCUUUCAAUCAAACAUCACAAACCCUCUCCAAAUGGGAUCCUGUUGUUGGGAAGAACCGGCAGGCAGAGCAGCUGGUUUUCCCAUUGGUGAAGGAGCCAUCAGCUUAUGGUCCUAUUGAAUAUGUUUUCAGUGGCUGGAAGGUAACCACACCCCUGGAGCAGGAAGUUUUUAACCUCCUACAUAAGAAUAAGCAGCCAAUGACAGACCCUGUACUGACUCCCAUGGAAAAAGCCUCACUCAAAGCCAUGAGUCUGGAAGAGGCUAAGAUGCGCCAGUCAGAACUUCAGAAAGCCCGAGCUCUGCAGUCCUUCUAUGAAGCCAGGGCUCGAAGAGAGAAAAAAAUCAAAAGUAAAAAAUAUCACAGAAUUGUGAAGAAAGGAAAAGCCAAGAAAGCCCUGAAAGAGUUUGAGCAGCAGUGGAAGGUCAAUCCCAAUGCUGCAUUGGAAGAACUGGAAAAAAUUGAGAAGGCCAGAAUGAUGGAGAGAAUGAACCUUAAACACCAAAACAGUGGGAAAUGGGCCAAAUCAAAGGCAAUUAUGGCCAAAUAUAACCUAGAGGUUCGCCAAGCUAUGCAAGAACAAUUGGCUAAAAACAAAGAACUGACUCAGAAACUCCAAGUAAUUUCAGAGAGUGAGGAAGAGGAAGGAAAUACAGAAGAGAAAGAGCCCCUUACCUCUGAUGUGAUGCAUGAAGUACAGAUGAAUGGAGAUGUAACAAAUCCCUGGAUGUUCAAGGAGUGCGAUAUUGAUGCAAAAGAAGAUCAAACCCCUAAGUUUUCUGAAGUCAAGGAAAAUCAAAGGCCAGUGGCUGAGAAAGAAAUUUUGUCUAGAGACCAUGAGGAAAAGCAUUCCCUUAGAAAACCAUCUGAGCUAGACCAUGAUGAAGAGCCCCUUGGCAGCCAAGAAAUGAAAGAUUCUAACAGCCAGGAGGUAUUAUCCGAGUUGAGGGUAUUGUCUCAGAAAUGCAACAAGAAAAGCCAUCACUCCAGGAAGCAAAAAGUGAAUUCAGUGGGGACUGUUGUACUGGUCCAGAGAGCGGAACCUUCCCCAGGGGAAGAGCAGCCACUGUUGCUACAGAGGUCAGAGAGGGUGCAGACUCUGGAAGCACUAGAACAUCUGGUUGAGGAGCCUCUCAGCCCUGUUCUAGGAAGGGGACAAAUGAAAAGGAAUCUAUGUAAUAAGCCUGAUGUCUCUAAGGGGAAGAAAAAGAAGGAGCAAAUCAUUGAUCUACAGAACCUCCUAACUACAAAAUCUCCUUCUGUAAAGUCUUUGGCAGUUCCCACAGCUGUAGAGUUGGAAGAUGAAGUGGAGAGAGACCAAAAGCAGAUGAUAACAGAAGCUUUUGCUGGAGACGAUGUCAUCAGGGAGUUCUUAAAAGAGAAGAAGGAAAUGGCAGAGGCAAAUAAGCCAAGGGACAUAGAUUUGAUACUGCCUGGCUGGGGUGAGUGGAGCAGUGUGGGCCUGAGACCCAGUGCCAAGAAAAGACGUCGGUUUCUUAUUAAAGCUCCUGAAGAUCCUCCAAGAAAAGACAAGAAUUUGCCAAAUGCAGUUAUCUCUGAGAAGCACAACAUCCAGGCUGCAGCUCAUCAGGUUCAGGUACUUCCAUAUCCAUUUACCCACCAUCAGCAAUUUGAACAGACUAUUCAGAACCCUGUAGGAUCUAUGUGGAACACACAGAGGGCAUUCCAAAAGCUGACGGCUCCCAGGGUUGUCACCAAGCCAGGCCAUGUCAUUAAGCCCAUAAAGGCAGAAGAUGUGGGCUACUGCUCUUCACAGUCUGACCUAUCUGUCAUACAGAACAAUACAAAACAACUCUCCAGACAUUACCAAAAAUAGUUGAAAACUGGAUUGAUUUGCUAGAGGAGUGACAUGUUGGGACUCAUAACUGGGAGCUCUAUCUGCUCCUGCUCCUCUUUUGGUUGGUCUUUACUGC